GCAGCUAUAGGUGGUAGUGCUGGUUCUGCAUUCCUGCACCGUCCUUAUCUACUGAAGACAAGCAUCGGUAUCUGUGUGCAUAAUAAGUAAAAAUGUCUUCAAAAUCGAAUGAAAAAAUGUUGGAUGGAGAUGAAAAGGCAGGCCCCAGUGGUGUGAGCAAUCCACCCUUGGCUGGCAUGCGCAAAUUGGAUUAUGAGGAAAUGGCCAUAAAGCCGAGUCAGUAUGCAUAUCAACGUUCACUCAACGAGAAGCUGCAAGCACUGGCCAACUACUCUGCUUGUCUGCAGAAAGGUUGCAAAUGUAGUGCUUGGCAAACUACAAGCUUUGAUCCACGGGCACAAGAGCCUUGCAUGAAUUGUUCUCAUUUAUAUGAAUGCCACAAAUCAUACAAACCUAAGAAGGGAUUACAAUUCCGUCCACAGUUUUAGAUGCAGAAUCCAUAUUCAAAACAAAUCUACAAGAGG